AUGGUCUCGCCUCGGAUCCCAGGGGCCCAGGCGGCCCCGCAGGCGCAGUGCGGGGCAGGGCUUCACGACGGCUUGGCUGACUGCUCCGUUGACUGCUCCGCCCGCUCGGAGGUGUCCGGCCUCGCCGUGGACCUCCUGAGCCGCUCCCGAGAGGCCUUCAUCGUCUGCAGCGGUUCGGGUCCGGCGCGCUCCACCGUGGCAGCAGGUCACUUCGGCGCCUCGCCCCCGACCUCGCCGCGCUUCGAUGCUCCACAGCCACAGUCGCCCAGGUUGACGACACAUGCUCGCCCCGGGCAGCAGGCGACGGCGCCGGCGCCGCGGCCUUCGCCCUCGGGGCCUGGGCCUUCGCUGUGGGAACAGCACCAUCAGCAGGCACUGAGGCAAAUGCGUCGCGGGGCGCUUGCCGAGGGCCCGCUUCCGUCACAAAGCCGGCUGAUUCCAGGUGGAGCUUCACGGCAACCUGCUCGAGAGAGCAAAGCCGCUGUGGCACACGUGCAGGUUACACAGCCGACAGACUUGUUGGCUCCUUGCGAGACAAUGACUGCAACGACCGCAACAGCGAUGACGGCGACGACAGCUUCUCUGCCGAGCCGCAGCGAGCAUCUCCCCGCAUCCAUGACUCCAUUGGAAACCCUGCAGCCAGAAGUGCCAGAUGUGCAGCCACAAGCGCAAGCAGAAACGGCACCGACGGCACCGAUUUUUCGGGAAGCGCGUGUGGGCUCGGGUCCCCAGCCAUCACGGCCACAGCCGACACGAAGCCAAGCACCGCCAGGGGACUCCGCAGACACAGCCACAGCCCCCCGUUAUGAAGUGCAGCCGACGGCAAAAGCCAAGGAGCUAUCAUCAGUCUCGGGGCCAAAGGCCGCCCCGAGGGUACCACCUGCGUCGCCAUCGCCCACAUCGGAGCAAACAGGAGCCGGAGUAGGCACCAAGAGCCCCAGCUGCCCCAGCUCGGAGUCCGAGCAUGCUACGCUCAAACAGGCGGACGGUGAGACUCAGAGUGCUGGACGUGAGACGUUUGACUCUCCCCGGGACGCUUGCUACACAAGCUGCAAGGCGCCCCCGGCCGAGCCGCUCCUGGCGCGGUUGGCCUUCCUCGAGGCACAGGCCUCAGAUCGUUCCAACUUGCUGGCGCACAUACAGCGGCAGCAAGAGCAGCUGAACCGCUUGGAGGCCCUAGUCGAGGAGAAUGCAGAGCUCCGUGGCAAGCUGCAUCCGAAGCGUUCCAAGGUGGUCGAUGCAACGAGGAGAGAUCCGCGCCUUGCAGAAGGGCCCGCGGCAGUGACUACCACCACGCCGGCUCUCCGAGACUCACCGCCACCAACUAUGCCAAGGCGAUUCCGCACAGCACCGGGGGAGGUCAGAACCCAGGCAGACGCUCCCAUCGUCCUGACUGCCCGGACCACACCGCGGAGUCCAGGCGGACGCACUGGUCCCUCGGAGGCCAAGGUCGCCAUGGUCGAGCAGACCCUGGCAGUUCUGUGCAUAGGUGCGGGUGAAAAGGAGAUGCGGAAUCAGUGGAGCUGGAGCGGGCCCUUGGCCUGGCCGAGCGAACGCCUCGGAGAGCGCUGCUUCCAAAGGCUUUUCUUUGUGGGAGUGGCGCGGAACCGUGCCGAAGCUGCCGAGCUGCGGUUGCGUCUCAUGCACCAGGGAGCGACUCCAGCGGUGCAGGCGCAAGCUGUCAAGGUGCAAGACGCCCCGCAGCAGCAGCAACAGCAACGCCUCAUAAGCUGGCAACCUCCGGUUCAGGCCGCCUCCGUCCACGAGGCUGUGGUCACAGAGGCCGCCCAGGAAGUGCGGGCUCGUUUGGCCCGCCUCCGCAACGAGAUCGCCCAGGAAGAUGAAAAGGUGCCCCAGCAGCGUGCAGCGGGCACGGUUGACAAGCGGCCGAGGCCGAAAGUCGGCACGAAGUCUCCCAUCCAGAGGCGGACUAGGCCUUCUGCAGAGGCACCCGAGUCCGAGCAGCGGCCCACGCGAAUGCGCCAGCGCCAUUCGCGGCCCACUUCACCGGCUUCCUCGAUGAGGAGCUACACGUCGGCCCACAGCGCUGCUGCCUUGCGGACGUGCACAUCUGUGCCAGAGUACAGGCUAAAGCCACCAGAGCCACAGUUUCUCUUUAGCCUGCCGCUGAGCGUCUACACAGGUCCGAAGCAGCUUGUCGAUCUCACCUUUAAGUCCGGGCGUGGUGACAGCCGCUCGCCAAGCCCACAGUCUCGGAGAGCGAAUGGUGAUGCGAGGAGUCCUCCUCGCCGAUCCGCCGGAGGCGUGCCAUCAUCCGCAGCAGGCGACGGCGGCUACGGCACACCCUCCUCUGCUGCCCCGUCCUUGCGUCCUGCGCAGAGGAUGUCGACUCAGACAGAACGGCUAGGCAUGUCGCCGCCCGGCUCGCCGCGCUCCACAAGCCCUUUCGGCACGCCAGGCUCUGCGGCAUUCGCAUGGCCGCCGCCGGCAAACCUCCAGCAGGCUUUACCGGGCCGCAGCAGCUCCCCAUACCGGGUCGUUUCCGCUCCGCGGGCUGUGUCUCCAAUACAGGCGCCUCAGCAGCGGGCCCUUUCGCCUCCCCAGGUGCUGACGGCAAUGCGGCCGGCUUCCCCCCAGGUAACUUCAUUUCCUGGGGUGGCAUCAGCUCCUGUGGCUCAAUUCGGAUGUCGACUGCCGCAGCAAGCUGUGGUGCUAAUCUCAUCGAUCCGGGUGUCGCAUUGA